UGCUGGUUUGUCGCAUCGGGACAGGAACUCGUUGAAAAAUGAACUUUCCUGCUUCACAUUACGGGGAUCUUGAUGAUAGGAAUCCCGUUUUCAUCGCUUUCAGGCGGGACAUUAAGUCGUUAAAGUCGUUGAUGAAACGCCCAGAUGGUGGCGCACAGGUGAAAGGGGUCAGGCUUCUUGUGGAGAUCUGGAAGCAGUACAAACACAGACUUCCAACAAAGUCCUACCAGGAGCAGAUGCUGCAGACUGCAGACUUCCUCUCUGAAAUUAAGAUGUAUGAGGUUGCUCUGUGGCAGGGCUACAGCUUGCACUUGCAGCAAUUCAGUUCAGAGGAAAUAACAGACAUUAGGGAUUUGGAGCAUUUCAAGGCCUGCUUCUUCCCUGAAGGUUUUGAUGUGGACCAAGAUGUUGUUUCCAUGAAGGUCCGUGCAAUGCUUGGCUGUGCCCUCUGCACUUUUGAGCUGGAGAAGAAGCACAGCAUCCUGAGCCAGAAGGGACGCUGCAAACUCCUGCAUGUGUUGAACUUUAUCAGGAUCAUGAUGCAGGCCUUCCAGCAGCAUGACCAUCUCUCCUGGCAUAUAUACAACGGCUCAUCCCUCAUUUACAACAUCUGCCGUUACCUGAUGACUAUGAACUGCAGUGCAGAGGCCCUGGAGUAUCUUCUGUGGGCGAGCAUCAGCGUGGAGUUGUCUGUUCCCCUGAUGACAGCCAAGUACCUGCCACUGAGCGUCACUCUGUACUGCGCUGUCUGCCACUGUUACUAUGACAACCAGGCUGGGACGAAAGCAGAGGAAUUUGCCAGGAGAGCUCUGGGAAAAAUCAAUGAACGAGCAGAAGAGGAUACUGCCACCAGCAUAGAGGCCCAGAGAGCUUAUAAAGAAGCUUCCAUCAAGCUUGGUGCUCUGGUGUUCAAGAGGGCAGUUUUUGAGAGCAGGAGACCCAAAUACAAGACAAGAAUCCAAGCCAAAAACUCCCUGAAAGACUUUACCAGCCCUUGGCCUCGAACUUCCACAGAGAAGUUGCUGACGUCUAUGUUUGACUCCUGCGCUGGACAGUUUUUGGCCAUUUUGGAAGCUCUUUGGGACAGCAGCGCACGGCCCCUGCAGAUGAGGAUGCUGGGAGAUGCGGAGCUGCAGGAAACCGCCCUGGAACUGCUGUCGGCUGGCAUUUGCAUAUUGUCUGGAUCUCUGGGUGCUUCUGAGCAGAAGUGUGAAGAGCAUCUGGCCCUUAACCCUAUCAUCCUGACAUCUACUUCAACUCUAAUAGAGCUGGCAGUGACAGGUGAAUACAGAAUCCCCAUCAUCUCGGCUGUGAGGUUUCUCAAGUUGCUGUUUCAGUACAAGCAGCUGGAUGUGUUUGCUGACCUUGCCAAACAGAUGCUACAUAUUCUUUCAGAGGUGAAAGGUCAGCCUUUCAGGAAGGCAGAGUGGGAGCUAGCUUUACUUCACAGCUACAGUAUUUUGUUCUUCCAAAAGAGCCGACUCAGAGAUGACAUGAGUGAGGACAGAUCCAAGUCUUCAGCUUUCUUAAGUGAUGAGAUCUCUGCUCUGGUAAACACCCUGCAGAUGUCCGUCUGUGGCUGUGAUCCUGAGCUACAUCCUGAUGUUAACUUGGUUUUGGAUGUUGUCUUAUUCCUAUGGAGUCAGGUGAAGGUGGUUAUGCAGAGUGAUCAGCUUCAAACUUCUGAGUUUUCUCAAUGUGAUCAGAAAACAAACAGCUAUCGGAAGUGGCUGUGGUGUCUGAGUGUGCUCUGUGAAGUGGCCCUUGCCUGUCAGCUGGCAACAAUCGACAGUAUCAUGACAGCAGAGAUGAUCUGUACUCUGGCCGGUCAGCUAGAAAAAGCCUCGGAACAUUUUGGUUCAAGUCGAGGUCCAGUCUUUGGCUCAGUUGAGAUGACCACUGCAGAGCUGCUUCAGAAGCUGCGUGACAUGGUGAAGAAGGGUCUGGAAUCUCUGUCAAAGGCGAUCUCUGCUCUGAGUACUCAAGACCUUUCUGCAGUCACUGACUCUGCCUUCCUGCAGAAACUGGGACCACUUCAACCACCAUCAGGAUCAGCACAAGAGAUAAAAAGAACAAAUGAAAAUAGGAGGAGGAACACAGAAGAUGUGGAGUCAGAGGUGGAGUCGAGCUGUGAGCCUUCUAUGAGUGUGUUCCUGCAGGCCAGAGACCUUCAUCUAGAGCUGGAAAUCAUCCUCCAUAGGGUUUCUGUCAAGUUGCUGCAUCUUCAUGCAGUUGAAAAGCCGGAGUUGAUGGAUUGGAUUAAGAACAACAAAGUGUCCAAAGCUCUUUUUCUAAUCCAGAGGGCCUUGCUGGAGCACAACACUGAGAUUGUGAUUGACAGCAACACAACAAAGACUCUCCUAGAGGAGGCCUUCAGCCUGAUGGAAAAAGCAGAGCUGGAGGAGAGAAAGGUUUACAUGACUUUGUAUCAAACUAAACAGAAGCUUCAUCAAGCGGGCAAGGCCUCAAAACACAAAGGAGAAAGCCCUCCACCUCCUCCUGUCCUACUUUCUCGCACUGACCACACCUUUGCUUUUGCUCCUGCUCCAUAUGACUUGGGAGAACAGGUGUGCUGGUACCAGCUGUUUGGCCGUGUAGCUGAAGGCAUCAACAAGAAGGUCCGCCUAAAUGACUGCAGCUUGCCAGGGACUGGACUUAUGGUUCAAGUGGGUUCUGGAGAGUGUGUGAUGAGGGUUGAGGGUCUGCAGCCCAACCAAAAGUAUGUGUUUGCUGUUGCUGCUUACGACAGCCAGGGCAUGCUGCUGGGCAACAGUAUUGGACAGACAACCACACCUCUGCUGGCAUCCGUGCCGGUCCAGCUGUUGGCCACGUGGGCUCACUUGGCUCAGGUGGCUUUCAAAACAAAAGAAUAUCCUGCAGCUAAGAGAGCCUGCAGGGAGCUCUGGAAGCAUUAUACCGACUCCAGCUCUAAGCCCAAAAGCCCAUGGGAUAGACUUGCUGUAACCAGCCUGCAUGAAGCAACCAUCCAACAGUCUUCCUCUCACCUUUGCAACCUGGUCCUGACCUCCAUCUUUAUCGAGACAGAGAUCAGCAUCCAGGAGGGGGCACUCUGCUGUGAAACCCUUAGCGACAGCAGUCCGUUUAUCUGGGACCAGGAAGCCAGACUAGCAGAGUGUGACCGAAUGCUGGUGGCCAUGGACUUGGCUUUGUGUCUGAAUGAUGGCAGCUCUGCUUUGCAGGCUGUAGUUAACUGUUAUGGCCUGCUGGCUCCGCUAAUCUUCCAUCAAAUCGUGCAUGAUAGAGUGGUGCAGGUCCUGCAGAAAUGCUUGGUAGUCCUGGAAGAGAAUUCCAGUCUCCUCAUACACACAUGGGCUGGAGCUACCACAGAGUCCCUCCUUUACAUGACAGCUUGCAUCACUUUCUACCUGUCAAAAGUGCUGCGGUUGCUCAGAAACCAUCAACUGGCUGCAGCGGUGCUGGACAGCGGGCGCAGGCUGCUUCAGGAGGCCACGGAUGCUCUGCUGCAGAUGAGCAAACUCUCCAGUAAAGCAAAAGCGACGGGGGCCGAUGGUACAGCCAGUGAUUCAGUGAUGAUACGGCGGCAGUUUCAGGCGCUGAACAGAAAAAGAAGCAGGGGCAUAUGUGAGGCAGAACUCCCCUCUGGUAACUGUCCUCCAGCCCUGACUGGCACUGAGGACCCCAUUGUUCUGUGCGAUCUGAUCUACAGCAACACAUUACAGGAGGCCCAUCAGGAAGUGAUGAAGAUCAAAUGGAGGACAUACUUUCUCGAGUUUGCGGCUCUCUUUCUCCAGCGGACCCUUGAGGAGGGCCGCCCAGACCUCGUUCUGAAGUGGGGGGAGAACAUUCUUCAGUUUCUCUUCAAGCGUGAUGACAUGAUGGGACUAUCUUCUAAACAUCUGGAGGUUAAAAUCAAAAAUAAAGGAAGAGGACAAGCUCCUAAAGAAACUGGCACACCUCAGAAUAAUAUGUCAGUUCCACACGAUGAACUGAGAAAGAAGCUCAAGAAAAAGCUGCCCUCCAACAUGAUGAGGCAUGUCAGAACCUACAGAGAGCUCUGCACCGUGGACAACCUACUGACCAUGAUGUCAGAUGUGGUGCGUUGCAGCAAGAAGCGCCUCCAGUUAAGGAACUUGUGCUGUGAGGAGAGGCCGUGGAGGUGUCAGGUCCACCGCUGCAUGGCUCAGGCCCAUCUAGCUGCUGUUCAUCAGGACCUGGAGACUCUGCAGCAAAGCUACAGCCAGUUCGAUCCUUUGUAUUUCUCUCUGGCCCUCACUGGACUUGUGAUCAAGAGGAACUCGCAGAGGCAACCCUCUUUCAGAUGUGACAGUGAGUCAGAAACCAGCUCUUCUCCCUCUGAUCGAGGAGAACAGGUGGAGAAAAAGGAAAGGAAAGUGGUUCGAUUUGAUGACUUUGAGGAAAGAUGUGGGGAAGGAAGAAGCUUUUCCCCAAUAGUGGACCUGCUAAAAGACAAAAGCUCUACGACCUCUCCAUUAAAUUCCCUUAAAUUAGCCGCUUCACAUCUCCGCAGAGCCAUGGUUCUGGCACAUCGAGGUGGCCACUGGACUCUGCUGCUAUGUGUUUGUCAGACUGUGUGGAACCACAGCUGUAAAAUCACUGUAACGUCCCAGCUUGAAGCUCCUCCCCCUGUCACAGAGGACCAACUUCACGACAUCUUCACUCCACUGCUGGUGCUAGCCACAGAUCUUGUCAUGGACAUGCUAAACAAACUAGAGCUGUGGAGUCGUUAUGAUCUUGACUUGACGAAGGAAGAACUGGAGUCCAGUGUCCACUUCUCGGCUCCUCUGGAUGACAGCACUGAAGUGGACCUGCGCUGGGUUCGCACUUUGGUCUUGCACACCCUGGAGCGCCUCCAUGGCUGUGAAAAAUGGGAAAGUUUGGCCCACUUUGCCUUACUUUUCAACUCAUACACACAGGAGCGCUAUGCCCUGAUUGUAGCUCCUCUGCUCCUUCAUGCUCAAAGAAGCUUGAUUGAAAGAAUCCACUCAGUGGGGGGGCCUGCAGUCCCACAACCCCACCACAUAAAGACACAGAAGAGCACUGGCAAAGCGGUGACCAAUGCGAGUUACUUUCACUGCCAGCUGCUCAGUGGAUGGAGUCCUCCUGAACAGAAGCUUCCCAUUCAUGAAGAAACAUCACACACAAAUGCCUUUCCCAGAGACGGAGCUUCACUCAAAGCUGCAGAGAAACAGCGCUCCUUGUCUCUUGUGUGCGUUCCACUGGAUGUGGAAGACACACUGAGGGGUUACCAGCGAGCUUUGCAGAAAACACCGGACUGCCUUGAGGCUCUGCGGCAUAGCCGUUCCUUACUGUUGCUGCUCCUGGCAAACACGCAACCCUACUUGGCACAGCUCCAGUUGGCAGGUCGGGUGGCUUUUAGCCCUGUGGUCAGGUCCAAUCCAAACAACCAUCCAUGUGACCCCAGCGGGGAGGAUUUCACCACUCCAAAUGCCAUCGUUGGCCUUCCUGUCCAACCUGACUCCAUCCCAACUGUUAUUGCUGCCUAUUCUAAUUCCAUUCAGUGUCUCAGAGCUAGUGGCCACGAGUCCCUCAGACUUCUUGGAUUGCAUGAAAUGGGAAAUCUACACUUCUAUGCUGGAAACAUGCAGGCAGCACAGAGCUGCUGGAUUCAGGCUGUAGACUGUUCCCUUCAGAGGUCAGGUGUUCUGCAGAAAUGGGAUGGUGUGUCCUUCGGAGGGGACUCCAUGCAAAAAACGGUGAAGCAGGCUGGCGUUUGGGGGUGUCUCCAGGCCGCUGUGACCACAGCUAAAAUAGCACAGUUCAUCCGAACGUCUGAUGUCGACCAGCGAACAAAAUGUUGUCUGCUGUCUUCUCACCUUUUUAAGUGCGUGCUGUGCUGCUCCGUGGCGCAGCCACAGCUGGAUCUCCAGUACGCCUCCCACACCAUCAGGGAAGAGCUGUUCCCCGGAGUCGACCUUUUAUCCGAGCCUCGUAGGCUCCACGUCAGCUCCAUUGUCUCAAGCCUCUACUUUGUUUGUCACUGGCUCUACAUGACUGGCUACCACAUCACACUGCUACCCAUACUGGCCCUUUACAUCCACUUUGUUGGCCCGGUCUGCAGAGAUGUACGCCAUACAGCUGAAGGCAAAAUUCUCAAAGUGCGUGUUCUCACAGAACUCUGUAUGUUCAGUGAAGCUGUGAUGGAGGUCGUCCAACUCACACAGGGAACAGGCAUCUUUCUACCUUGUGGUCCUUUCAUUGCUAAAACUAAACUCCAACCAAUGAAAACAUUCUACAACAAUAAAAGUCUUCAGGACAACAAAGAGGCUGUAGAAGCCCUUGUGAACUGUGACAUUGCACCUGAGAUCCAAACAAUGUACGGUCCAACGGUCUGCACCAGCUUCAACCUGGCUCGUGUUCAGCUAGUCCUUGCCCUCAGCAAAACAUUGGGAGACCUUCCAGAUCCAGAUCCAAAAGAUUUGUGCGCAGAAACAUGCGGCUUUGUGAAGUCAGAGUCCUGUGAAGAGGAAAGACCUUACGAAGGCCCAAAACUACCUAAACAUUUUACCCUUUGUCAUGAGGGGAGGCAGCUAAUUUCAGAAAGGAUUAAGGUUGUGUUGCUUGAAGCAGCCUCCUCUUUGCUGGCCGCCACCACAGAACAGCUGACAUUGCUGCCCUGCAGUGAGGAGGAGAAGCUGGAGCUCACUCUGGUGUCCAAUCUCCUUAAAACCAACCUUCACCUACAGCAGGGAUGUCCUGAACUCAGUUUUGAUGUUGCAGUUUCAUCUUUGGUCCUUCUGCAAACAUCACCUGUGACACUGAGAGGAUCCAACUCUGAACUUACAGAGGACCCAGGAGGCUGCCCUGUGACGGACAGUCAACCCACAGACUGUCCUGGAGCUGCCGAGGCAGCCGACAGAAUCGGUCCGUUUUUGUGGCUGCGCUGCCGCCUGGCUGUGGUACAAAGCCUGGUUGCCAGUCACCAGGCAGAUGCAUCUAUUCUCCCAGGAAAGAACAUCAAUGAAGAGAUGGCGCGGCUGCUGCAGGAGGGUAUUGAGGAGUGCGUUCAAUGGGGAGACCGUGACACUCAGGCUUUGCUGCUGGUGGAAUCUGCAGAACUGAAAGCACGGAGAGGAAAGACAGCAGAGAGUGUAGCGGCGCUACAGGAAGCAGUGGGCCUGCUGUCAGAGCGCGUGUCCGUGCCUCCAGGCUCCAUGCUAACUUUGGCUCGAGCUACUUUGCUGCUCAGUGACAUUAGAGAACUUCAGAGCUCCACACUCCUUCAGGUCACGAGGAAGCUGUUGGACAUGCAGAUGCGUCUGUUUGGUCAGAGUGUGACACUUGUGGAUGACAAAAUGGGUGUCUGCACUCCUGGCUCUGACAACAUUUACCUCCCUUACAUUGACAUACUGAAGGAGAUCACUUUGAGGAUUGAUUCCAUGGCGAAUUCUAGCAACAGGCAACAGCCAAACUCUCCACUUCCAAUGAACCAACAGACUACCGUAACUGAGAUUGAAGAGCUGACCGCCGAGAAACGCUGACACCUCCUGUCGUGUGUCAAAUUCCCCACCUAACCUGAUGCUGAAGGGCUUUUAGUUCUAUGGGGAUUUAUUUUUGGAAAGCUUUAUGCGAACAACACACUGAAUGAUCAGUUCUGGAGAUUACAGCUCUCUGCUAAAGGGCUGUUUUGAUUUGCAAGGAGAAUUUCAAAAAAAGUAAAUAAAGCUGCAGAUGGUUUUCCAACAAGUAGUUCAACUGUU